GGAUCAAAACUAAAUGACGGCGAUGUGUUGCAAUGAGAAGCCCUCUUUGUGCGCGGAACCUAUAUAAGACAUUUCUGCCGCAGUUUCUUUCUUUGUAAUAAUGUCGGCUGAAUUUGACAACAGAGAUGAUGCCCAGGACACUAUGGAGCCUGAUGGCAUCAUUGAAAGUAACUGCACCACCAUCGUGGACAGUUUUGAUGACAUGAACCUGUGCGAGACUCUCCUCAGAGGAAUCUAUGCCUAUGGUUUUGAGAAGCCUUCUGCCAUCCAGCAGAGAGCCAUCCUCCCUUGCAUCAUGGGCCGUGAUGUCAUUGCUCAGGCUCAGUCUGGUACCGGAAAGACGGCCACCUUUGCCAUCUCCAUCCUCCAACAGAUAGAUGUGGAUUUCAAAGGCACUCAGGCGCUAGUCCUGGCCCCCACCAGGGAGCUGGCUCAGCAGAUCCAGAAAGUUGUGGUGGCUCUGGGAGACUACAUGGGUGCCUCGUGCUACGCCUGCAUCGGCGGGACAAAUAUCCGCACGGAACUCCAGAGGCUGCAGUCAGAAGUCUACCACAUUGUGGUGGGAACCCCCGGAAGAGUCUUCGACAUGUUGGGUCGUAAAUCCCUCAAUCCCAAGUCCAUCAAAAUGUUUGUGCUGGAUGAAGCUGAUGAGAUGUUGAGUCGGGGCUUCAAGGACCAGAUCUAUGAGAUCUUCCAAAAACUGCCCAGUAGCAUACAGGUGGUCCUACUGUCUGCCACCAUGCCGACAGACGUGUUGGAGGUGACCACCAAGUUCAUGCGCGAUCCUAUCCGAAUCCUUGUCAAGAAAGAGGAGCUGACCCUGGAAGGUAUCCGUCAGUUCUACAUCUACGUGGAGAAGGAGGAGUGGAAGCUGGAAACUCUCUGCGAUUUGUAUGAAACGCUGACCAUCACUCAAGCCGUCAUCUUCAUCAACACGAGGAGGAAAGUUGACUGGCUCACCGAGAAGAUGCAGGCCAGGGACUUCACCGUCUCUGCUUUGCAUGGAGACAUGGACCAGAAGGAGAGGGAGGUGAUCAUGAAAGAGUUCCGCUCUGGAUCUAGUCGGGUCCUCAUCACCACUGACCUCUUGGCCAGAGGCAUUGAUGUGCAGCAGGUGUCCCUCGUCAUCAACUAUGACCUGCCGACCAACAGGGAAAACUACAUCCACAGGAUUGGUCGAGGCGGUCGUUUCGGCAGGAAGGGUGUCGCCAUCAACUUGGUGACAGAAGAUGACAAGCGAACUCUUCGGGACAUUGAGACGUUCUACAACACCUCCAUUGAGGAGAUGCCCAUGAACGUAGCUGACCUGUUCUAGAAGAAUCCACGGGCCCCUGCAUCCACCCCCUCCCCCCAGCCCCACCUCUUCCCCCCCACACAUCAUUUUAAGUCAGACCUGGUUUCUAACAAGAUCUGAAUACAAAGAACUUUCUUUGGCUAAAUUACCACCAAGACUUUUCUUUUUGAUCCUGUGACAUUCUCCGGGAAGGAGGAUCCUGCUCUCUUUCCCACCAGGUGAAAGUUGAUUGGAAGGAUGCUUCAUCUGCUUGCUGUAUUAUCAGAAUUGGCUCCUGCCUCCAAGUGUGGAGCACUAAUUUGGACAUUUCUUUUUCAAAUCUGAGGACUUUCAAAUGAAUGGCGUAAACUGUGAGCCUGGUUUCCACAUGUGCAAAGCGCAUCCCUAUUCUCAAAAGCACACAAUUGAAGUGGUGAUGGCAGUUGCUCUGUCGAGCUGAAAUGGUCCUCGAUGCUUUUGUGAAAUACGGCUGUGGUUUGCACGCCUGACGUCGGCCCAGGAUUCAUGAUUUGGAACGGGAAGUGCUGUGUUUUGACUUGCUCAGUGUUACACGACCUCCAGUGUACUAGGAAACAGCCUUUCGUUUACACCCAUGAAUGAUCCUGUUUAGAACAAGUUUCUGGGGCCAAACUACAGCGAGCAUCUUCAAUAAAAAGACCUGUAUAGUAAAACCCAAAACUGAGUUGUUUAAAGUUUGGAUCUUUGAGCUGCUGCUCCAUGUUAUUGAUAAAUAUCCACAAGAAGGCCGCAGACGUUUGGAGGCUGGAGCGACGGUGAGUGCCGCCGCCGCCACAUCCGAUGAGCUGCUCGCUUUGUAGAUUUUUUUUUUUUUUUUUUUUGUCUUGAUCUUUUAAUGCAUUGUUUUGUUCAGGUUGGAGGUAACCAUUUUUUCUAACCUACCUCACUGAAGCGCAAGUGUGGGUGAAGAGGCGUCUGAAGGACCAAACUAGAGUUGUAUAGAGAUUACAGCCCCUCUGAAAACAUCCUCAUCCCUCCCAUUUGUCAGCGCCUAAUCCAGGGGGUGUGGUGUCUGGAUUCGGGGUACAUGGUCAGUGGUAUUUUUUUAAAGUGAAUUUAUGGAAUUGUUAACUUUUUUUUUUUUUUUUGAGACAGAAACAGUGUAUUAAGAUUUUUUUUUUUUUACAUUGGAUUCUGUAUAUUUAUUUUAAUUGUCUUCAAAGAAAAAAAAAUAAAGGUUGUCCUUUAACAGUGUAA